AGACGAUGAGGCUGAAACAGGCGAACCUCCUGCUGGGAAUUUCCUUCCUGCUCUGCACUCCUAGCAGUCCCACAGCCCUCAGCACCAACUACUCCGUGGUCCAGUUUCCAUCACAGGUCAGUGCCAUUGUGGGAGACAACGUCACACUGAAAUGUGCCUUCUCCAUUCAGAUAAAGGCCACCUCGGCCAAAGGGGCCAUGUCCUGGUUCAAAGGGCCAAAGGGGACAGAAUCUGUGAUCAUUCCGGGACACCGCUUCAGCCUGACUUAUCCAGACACCUUUCUCAGUCCAGGAGAGGGACUGCUGGUCAUCACCAAUGUCUCCUUGGAGGAUGCUGGGAACUACAUGUGCCAAGUGAUGUUGUGGGGAGAAGGGGAGAUACAUGGUAAUGGGGUCAAGCUCAAUGUUUAUGCUCGCCCCUCCCACCCCGUCAUUUUCCUGCAGUUCCAAGCUAAGCCUAAGUCCAAAUGGAUCCUCGUUUGCGGAACUGACGGCUUCUACCCUGCUCCCGUGUGGCUGAAGUGGUAUCAUUCUGGACUCAAGUUGGCUUCCUUCCAGCAGGAUUGUUCAGGCCCCACUGGGUUCUUCCAGGCUUCUAGCCUCCUGGACUUGCCUCAUCCUGACCAGAGGGCAAGUUACACUUGCAGCGUGGAGCACCCAUCCUUGUCCAAACCAAUGAGUGUUCAGUACUUUUAUGAGCCACAAAGUCAAGUCAGCCUAUCCUCCUCAGUGAUUGAAGUCCUGAAUUUACUAAAGAUUGGAGUAAUCUCUGGUAUCACCAUUGGCUUUCUUAUACCAGGUAUGGAAUAA